CGAUAGUGAAAAUCAAACCAGGAAAUUACAGCAGCUGUUGCCAAGCCCAAUCAAAAGCACACACACUCACACACUUAACGGUUUCUCAGACUCGGGUCAAAGUGCACUCAACUGCAACCAACUCUUUUUGCAACUCUUUUCGCCUUCUGUCUUUGCCUCACUUUACCUCUUUCCAACUUUUAGUGCAUUGCACUGCAAUUAACUCAUUAGGACACACACACACACACACAACGAUAUGGACUUCUACGAUAAUAACAAUGGGGUUCAUAAUCCCAAUCCGGUGCGCAAAAUGUUGGAGGACACCCAGUUGGUUUGGGUGCGAGAUCCCGUCGAUGGUUAUAUUCAGGGUCGCAUCACCGAAAUCGGCGCGAAGGAAUUCGAAGUAACGCCCAUCGAUCGGAAGUUCCCAAAGCGCACCUGUCACUGCGAUGACAUUCACUCCUCCUGUGAUGGACCCCAGGAUCACGAUGAUAACUGUGAGCUUAUGCUGCUCAACGAGGCCACAUUUCUGGACAAUCUGAAGAUACGCUACUACAAAGACAAGAUCUAUACCUAUGUGGCUAAUAUACUCAUUGCCGUUAAUCCUUAUCGUGAGAUCAAGGAACUCUAUGCGCCAGAUACGAUCAAGAAAUAUAAUGGACGAUCCUUGGGUGAAUUGCCACCGCAUGUUUUUGCCAUUGCGGACAAGGCUAUUCGCGAUAUGCGCGUCUAUAAAUUAUCGCAAUCCAUCAUCGUAUCGGGCGAAUCGGGUGCCGGCAAAACGGAGUCAACCAAGUAUUUGCUCAAAUAUUUAUGCUAUUCGCAUGAUAGCGCCGGUCCCAUAGAGACCAAAAUAUUGGAUGCCAAUCCCGUGCUGGAGGCCUUUGGCAAUGCGAAGACGACACGCAACAAUAACUCAUCCCGUUUUGGCAAAUUCAUUGAGGUGCACUACGAUGCCAAGUGUCAGGUUGUUGGUGGCUACAUUUCCCAUUAUCUGCUGGAGAAGAGUCGCAUCUGCACCCAGAGCGCUGAGGAACGUAAUUAUCAUGUCUUCUACAUGCUGCUCUGCGGCGCUCCUCAACAGCUGCGUGACAAACUCAGUCUGGGCAAACCGGAUGAUUAUCGGUACCUUUCCGGCUGCACGCAGUAUUUUUCGAAUGCCAAGACUGAAAAGUUAAUACCGAACAGCCAGAAAUCGGCGAGUCAUCAGAAGAAGGGUCCCCUCAAAGAUCCCAUUAUCGAUGACUAUCAGCAUUUUCUCAAUCUGGACGAGGCAUUGACUCGCCUGGGCUUAUCUGCCUCCGAUAAGAUGGGCAUUUAUACUUUGGUUGCGGCCGUGUUACAUUUGGGCAACAUUACCUUCGAGGAGAUACCCGACGAUGUCCGUGGUGGUUGUCAGGUCUCCGAGACAUCGGAGCAGUCCUUGACCAUUACGAGCGGACUGCUGGGUGUGGAUCAAACUGAGCUGCGAACAGCUCUCGUUUCGCGUGUCAUGCAGAGCAAGGGCGGUGGCUUCAAGGGCACUGUUAUUAUGGUUCCGCUGAAGAUCUAUGAGGCGAGCCAUGCUCGCGAUGCUCUGGCCAAGGCCAUCUACAGUCGGCUCUUCGAUCGGAUUGUGGCGUUGAUUAAUCAGAGCAUACCCUUCCAGGCCUCCAACUUCUAUAUUGGUGUGCUCGACAUAGCCGGCUUUGAAUACUUUACGGUUAAUUCGUUUGAGCAGUUUUGCAUCAAUUAUUGCAAUGAGAAGUUGCAAAAGUUCUUCAACGAUAAUAUACUGAAGAAUGAACAGGAACUGUAUAAGCGAGAGGGUCUCAAUGUGCCGGAGAUAACAUUCACGGAUAAUCAGGACAUAAUUGAGCUGAUCGAGGCGAAAUCGAAUGGCAUUUUUACGCUGCUCGAUGAGGAAUCCAAGUUGCCCAAAUCGUCGCCGGCACAUUUCACCGCUGAGGUGCAUAAAUCUUGGGCGAAUCAUUAUCGUCUUGGCCUGCCGCGUUCCUCACGGCUCAAGGCGCAUCGCACUCUGCGGGAUGAGGAGGGUUUUCUGGUGCGUCAUUUUGCGGGCGCCGUUUGCUACAACACGGAACAGUUUAUUGAGAAGAACAACGAUGCGUUGCAUGCCUCGCUCGAGUGUCUGGUGCAGGAGUGCGAGAAUCCACUGUUGAAACUCCUCUUUCCCUCGGGCAGCAACACUUCGGUGCGUGGCAAGCUCACUUUUAUCUCCGUUGGCUCCAAGUUUAAGACGCAGCUCGGCGAGCUCAUGGAAAAGCUCGAGCAGAAUGGCACCAAUUUCAUACGUUGCAUCAAGCCAAACAGCAAAAUGAUUGAUCGCCAAUUCGAGGGCAGUUUGGCGCUGGCGCAACUUAAGUGCUCCGGCACAAUAUCGGUGCUCGAGCUCAUGGAGCACGGUUAUCCAUCCCGGGUCCUCUUCGCCGAUCUCUACAGCAUGUACAAGUCGGUGCUGCCGCCAGAGCUCGUCUCGCUGCCCGCUCGCACCUUUUGCGAGGCCAUGUUUCAAUCGCUCAAUCUGAGCGCCAAGGAUUUUAAAUUUGGCAUCACCAAGGUCUUCUUUCGACCCGGCAAAUUUGUCGAAUUUGAUCGCAUCAUGCGUUCCGAUCCGGAGAAUAUGCUCGCCAUUGUGGCCAAGGUCAAAAAGUGGCUAAUACGCUCACGCUGGGUCAAAUCGGCACUGGGCGCCCUAUGCGUCAUCAAAUUACGCAAUCGCAUUAUUUAUCGGAACAAGUGCGUGCUGACCGCUCAGCGGAUCGCUCGCGGUUUUCUGGCCAGGAAGCAUCAUCGUCCACGUUACCAGGGCAUUGCCAAGAUCAACAAGAUUCGCACCAACACUUUGAAGACCAUCGAAAUUGCCAACGGCCUCAAGCUGGGCCGUGAUGAAAUCGUUAACGGUGUGCAGGAUAUUUACAAGCAGAUCGAUGAGGCCAUCAAAAAGAUAAAGCUUAAUCCACGGAUUACGCAACGUGAAAUCGACACGAUGUACACGGUGAUCAUGGCGAACAUGAAUAAGCUGACCGUCGACUUGAAUGGCAAACUGAAGGAGCAGCAGCAGGCCGAGGAACAGGAACGUCUGCACAAAAUCCAGCAAGCACUCGAGGCGGAACGCCGGGCCAAGGAGGCCGAGGAGCAGCGUCUGCGCGAGGAUGCCGAAAACAAGCGACUCAAAGCCGAAAUGGAGACGAGGCGCAAAGCGGCCGAAUUGCAGCGUCUGCGACAGGAGGAGGAGGAUCGACGAGCUGCUCUCGCCCUGCAGGCCCAACUCGAGAAGGAGGCCAAGGACGAUGCCAAGUAUCGCCAGCAGCUGGAACAGGAGCGUCGCGAUCACGAACUGGCCAUGCGACUGGCCAGCGAAUCCAACGGACAGGUGGAUGAUAGUCCACCAGUUAUACGCAAUGGUGGUCUCAGUGACGCGUCUCCCAUGGGUUCCAACAAACUGAUCAGUUUUUCACAAGUUGUGUCAAACAUUGCUUCGCGAUAUUUAAAUAAAUCGGAGAAUGUGCGCGCCCAGCAACAAGCGCUGGGCAAACAGAAGUACGACUUGUCCAAAUGGAAGUACUCGGAACUGCGCGAUGCUAUCAACACGUCCUGUGAUAUUGAAUUGCUUGAGGCCUGUCGCCAGGAGUUCCAUCGCCGCUUGAAGGUCUAUCACGCGUGGAAGGCAAAGAAUCGCAAACGCACCACAAUGGAUGAGAAUGAGCGUGCACCACGCAGCAUCAUGGAGGCCGCUUUCAAACAGCCGCCCAUUGUGCAGCCCAUACAGGAAAUUGUGCUGGCUCAGCAUCGCUAUUUCCGCAUACCCUUCAUGCGUGCCAAUGCACCAGAUAAUACUAAGCGCGGCUUGUGGUAUGCGCACUUCGAUGGACAAUGGAUUGCUCGGCAAAUGGAGCUGCAUGCGGAUAAGCCGCCAAUUUUACUGGUUGCCGGUACCGAUGAUAUGCAGAUGUGCGAGCUGAGCCUGGAGGAGACGGGUCUGACCCGCAAACGGGGUGCGGAGAUUCUUGAUCACGAAUUCAAUCGGGAAUGGGAACGAAAUGGUGGCAGACCCUACAAGACCCUCGGAGCCAGGCCAAAUGGUGCGGGCAUUUAGAAGAAAACACAUUCAACAAUCAACAAUCAAUUAGAUGAUAAGCGAUGGAAUAAACAACAUAUAAUCAAAAUUAGCAGUCCUAACGAAAAUUCCAUAAUAUUUUUGCAAAUGAUAACUUUUUUAUAACAACAACAAACAUCCACGUCCAAAAUUCGAUGGUUAUAAAAGCUCUGAUUUACAUUUAUAAA